AUGUCUUCAGAUACUGAUGCUACGUUCUAUGCGUUGAUCGACUAUGAGGAUCAAUAUGUGCAACCUCUCAUUAUCUCAGCAGUCAAGUCUCAGCUCCCAUCAUCGUCUUGUAAGCUCAUAACCUCCCUUUCCGACUACCCUUCCGCAGGUGGCCCCCUCCUCCAAUGGCGCGCCUACGAGUCGCUCGUUUUCGAAUUUGCACUCGAGGAACCUAGCUGUCUCGUAAACUCUUAUAUCAUCCGCAAGGCCCUGGUCCGGAAGCACUACCUCUCAACUACAGUCUCAAACUGGAUCACGAAGCACCCCGACUCCGUACUCAAGAAGCACGUCAAGCCCUCCGUAGACUUCGAGCUCGACUACGCAGAGUUCCUUGACGACGCCCUGGUUGAAGCCUACGAGCUGCGCGAAAGCUGCGCGCGCAACGAAAGCGAAUACCCCAAGAACCGCGACUGGUGGAUCCUCAAGCCCGGCAUGAGCGAUCGCGGGCAAGGGAUCCGCCUCUUCAGCCUAGAGUCCGAGCUCGAAGCGAUAUUCGACGAGUGGGAAGCUGAGCAGCCCGACUCCGAUGACGAGACCGCGCGCUCCGACACGGGAGAUGCAGAAGAUGCAGAGAGGAGCGGCGUCAUCACAUCCCAGCUCCGCCACUUCGUCGCACAGCCGUACAUCCACCCGCCACUCACCUUCUCAGAGUACGGCCACCGCAAGUUCCACAUCCGGACCUACGUGCUUGCGGUCGGCAGCUUGAUGGUAUACGUCUACAAAUCGAUGCUUGCUCUCUUCUCCGCGGAUCCUUACGUUCCGCCCUGGAACUGUAAUCCCGAGGAUCUGCGCGCACACCUCACGAAUACCUGCCUCCAAUCCACUGGCGAUCGCGAAGGCAGUGUCCAUUCUUUCUGGGAGCUGCCGGACUACAUUCCCGGCCAGGUUUCCCCCACUGGCCAGUCGGAUCCUAUAAAGUGGAAAGACGCCGUCUUCGCUCAGAUCUGUGCCAUCACGGGCGAGGUCUUCGAGGCAGCGGCCAGGGGCAUGAGCAUACAUUUCCAGACGCUGCCGUCUGCGUUUGAGAUUUUUGGGCUUGAUUUUCUGGUCGAUGCAAAGGGCAACGCGUGGUUGCUGGAAGUUAAUGCGUUUCCGGAUUUUAGGCAGACGGGUGAUGAGCUGAAGGGGCUGGUGCAGGGGCUUUUCGAAGAGGUGGUUGAUGUUGCUGUUGCGCCGUUCUUUGGGAUGGGGGAUGAGGGGAAGAAGGCUGGCAGCGAGAGGAUGGUCAGGGUACUGGACAUUGAUUUGGGUCGGAGAUGA